CUCGAAAGAGGCGACUACACCAUUGGAGACCUUUCCGCGGGCCUUUUUUCUAUCAGGGGAAUUCUCCCGAGCAGCGAGGCGGCGCAAAUUGCAGCUCUGCUCUCGUUCCAUUCUUCCCCCUUCUCAUACCUCGCCUUUUCUCCGUGGAUCGGUUGAACGCGGAUGUCGAAGCUCUUCUCCAAGUUCUUGGGGUUCUUCAGCUCCCGGACGCUGGUCGGCGUCGACAAGGUCGGCAAUCGCUACUUCACCCGCGUGGAGGAGAUCGACGGAAUCAUGAAGGAGAAAAGAUGGGUGAUUUUCAAAGGUGAGGAGGAUCCCACAUCCAUUCCAGUUGAGUGGAUCUGCUGGUUGAAUGGCCAAAGAACGAAAGCUCCAACUCCAGAGGAAUUGAUUGAAUUGGAGGCCAGGCGUGAACUUGUUAAACAAAAUAUUGCAAUUCUGAAGAAGAAAGAGGAAGAGGAAAGGAAGUCCGGUGUUCGAAAAAGCAAGAGCAUAGGUAAAGGUGGAUCUCCAGACCUGAGAAGUUUCAUUCAGCAAUUUCCUGAUGCCACUUUUGCUCCGAAAAAAGAUGAAGUAUCAGAUGGAAAGGAUGUUGCAAAGAAAGAAGAAAGGUCUACAGAGCCAACAGGAUCCGGCAAAACCUUCAAACCAGGAGCAUGGCAGCCACCAUCAUCAUGAAAGCCAACUUCACAUUACCCAAGAGACCCUGUAAUUUGAUUCUUAGUAUAGUCAACUCGAGCCAUAAACCGCAACGAAAGCUGAAGGCUUUCUUUGUCCCAUUAGAUUUCUUUCAUUCCCUAGCAAAAUUCUUUUUGUGAUGCC